CCAAUUAAAGUUUUCUGUUUUCGACCGCCAUGUUGUCGAGUCUGAGAACUUUGUCAAGAUCAUUCUCGCUUAUUCGUGCUGUUGGCAAGGUGAGGAGAUAAUCAAGGUGUAGAAUAACUACUCAACUAUGUUUCUUCCACUUUUUUGGAGAGAAGUUCAUAAAUUCAUGCAAAGAAAUGAUUCUAAUCGUAGGCCAGUCAACAAGCAGUAUCCAUCCAUCCCUCAAGAUGUUUUCAUCGGGCAAUACCCGUCUUGUCAGAUAAGCUUUUCGUGGUAAGUGUGCACAAUAAGAUUAACAUCAAAUCCAAUUUGCAGCCGUGACUCAUAAGAGAAAUCAUCAGAAGAAAGAUUUUCCACGUUUCCAAUACCCAGCGAAGCUAAGUGGUGCGUUUGCUUACUUUGCUUUGCUGUUACAUAACGACCCAACUUAAACUUUAGAGUUGCAUUGGAUUCAUUUCUUAAAAAAAAAAGAAGGUACGUUGAACAGCUCUUGACAAUUAUGCAAUGUACUUACAAAAGUAGUCUCCUACUUGUAUAAUUUGGCUGUGAGAUGAUGAUAUAUGUAUCAUACUUCCAAUAUUAUUUACAAGUAGAUGAUCUUGAAUACCAAAAUUGUGAUCAGGCUGUAUUCAAUUUGAAGGGAAACUGAACCAAACUGAUACAUGACUUUGAAUUUGUUCACAGCACAGGGAUACUCCAGAAAAUAAUCCAGACAUUCCAUUUGAACUGACUGCUAAAAACCUGGAGGUGAGCAACAAAAUAGGGAAUCAAACCAAUAUCACUCUCUUAACCCUUAAACUCCCAAUAAUAAUAAACAUGCAACUUCUCCCUAAAAUAUCUGUAAAUUGUUCACCAAACACAUUACAAGAAUGUUCAAGCUUAUCAGGUGGAAUUUGUUGUAUAGAUCUUGCACAAAAUUCUCAUAAUUAAUUUACAAGGAAUGUGUAGCAGUUGGAGGGGAGAAUGAACAGUCAGAUCUUGGGAGUUAAAGGGUUUAAAAAAAUUUAAUGAUUUGUUUAUGGCCUGACAGCUUAAGCCAUGAAGGAAAAAUGAUCUUGUUUUUUAAAAUGAGGAUAUGAUCCUAACAUCAAUGCUGGCUUCAUGGGGUUUUCCUUCAUGACAUUAGUGUUUUAAUUACUGACUCUGUGAAGCUCUAACAUGAGAAUUUGGUACAAUCCCACUUAUUUAUAGCAGCCAUUUUCAUUUCUCAAUUCAUCGUGGUAAUGGGGAUGAGUGAAAUCCAAUUUAGUCUGUAGACAUAAGGGUAAUUUACAAAAAAAAAAUGAGGAGUAUAGUUACAGAUGGAAACAGAGGACACAAAUUGACCAAGUCCUGUUUCCAAUUUAUUAAAACUUUAACAAAACUUGUGAAACAUAUCUAUUGUUAAAAAGUCUAUUCAAACAUUUAAAGCCUCUAGUUCAUUUGGGUGUUCCAUGAAACUUAAUGUGUAAUUUAAGAUUCUCACUCUUUAACUGUCCAAUACAUGCUCAAAUUGGGCUAAAACUCAAUUUUUUAUGAUUUAAUUAAUACUCAACUCCCCUGAUCUGUUUGUUAAUUCUCCCCUCUUGCAUUUCCUUGUAGACUAGUUAGGAGAAUUUGUUAAGAUUGAGUAUUCUCAUUACUUGUUUGCUGGAUAAUGUACAGAUAUUAAGCAAGAAGUUACUUGUUAAUCCUUGUGGGAGUUAAAGGAUUAAAUCCUUAAAUAGAUGAUGGUGCAGUGAAGUGACACUAUACCACCAAUAUCAACCAAACACUUUUGUCUACCACACUGAAUGCAGUGAUGAGCAUUUAAGCUACACACUCAUCAUAAUUGUUCUAAGAGUUGACAAUUUGUUGUUUUCUUAGAGAGCGAAAACAAUCAUAAACAACUACCCUGAUGGACACAAAGCAGCUGCUGUCAUACCUGUACUGGAUCUGGCACAAAGACAACAUGGUAUGCAGUGGAAUUAUAACGUGCUGUUUUCACAGAAAAAAAAAAUUUGCAUACAGGUUUGGUAGAAGUCAGAUCUUAAUUGAAAGAAACCUCUCCACCACUUAUCAAGGAUGAAAAGACUUACUUAGUGCAAAGCUUCAUGCUCAACUCUUUUCAAAGUUGUCAUAUGGUGACUUAAAGUCACAAAGUGGUCCCCAAAAUAAAAUGCCAGCUUUCAAGCUAAUGUGUAUCUCACUUCAACUGAUGGCCAUAAGCAGCAAGUUAUAAAAAGUUCCCUAUUGGCCAUGACAAUUAAAGUAGUGACAGCCUUGAGCUACGUCAUAGGCAAGUAACUUACCGGUAAGUUAUUCUUGAUAGUAUCGCGCCUAUUACAGCAUGAAAGUUUUUAUUUCUCUUUUAGGUUGGCUACCAAUUUCUGCAAUGAAUUAUGUUGCUGAUUUGUUGGAAAUGCCAAGAAUGAGAGUUUAUGAAGUGGCAACAUUCUACACCAUGUAUAACAGGUUUGUUUAGCAGCUUGCCAUCUUAAGAAAAAAUAAAGGUGCAAAAGUGACAAAAUGUCCUCUCUCUUACCAUUUUAAGCUUACAAUCUUUUUUAAAAGACUCUCUCACCUGGUUCUUAUCCUCAUAUCUCUUUAUGGAGCUGAUAACCUGAUAAGAAAUGAAUUUUUCUCUCCAAGGGAACCUGUUGGAAAAUAUCACAUUCAAGUCUGCACCACAACGCCUUGUCAACUGAGAGACUCAGACAUGGUAGUAGAAGUUAUUUCCAAGAAAUUAGGUUGGUUAACUCAGCCCACAUGCCAAGUAGUAUAAAUAACUAGAACUUCUAUUGGUUCCCCUUGUUUGAAUUAAUACCAAGGAACCUUCUUUUUACAUGACAUUUUCACUCCUGAAACUGCAACGUAUUCCAAAAGUGGUUGUUUCUUUUCACGAGCUCUUGAGUUAUUUAAUCAAAAGGUUUUUGACCAAUCAGGUUGCAUGUCAAAACUUAGCUGUUUUAUAAAUCUUCAUAAAUUGUCAAGGUGAAAUGUCCAUAAUUUGAUGUUUUAAGGUAUCAAGAUUGGCGAAUCAACAAAAGAUGGCUUGUUUACCAUGAGUUCAGUAGAAUGCCUUGGAGCUUGUGUGAAUGCCCCAAUGAUGCAGAUUAACGACAACUACUAUGUGAGAACAGUUUCCUUUUUUUCACCUUACCAUGCAGUAAUAACAUACCGUUUAUUUGUUGCACUGAUAAGCUCACCUAGAGUCAUAAGAAAACUGACCUGGUUACGCACAGGGGAACGGGAAGGAAGAUGUUUAAAAUGUUAGUACUCAUCAAAAGUACUAAAACAGGGAAUUACUUUUUGACGAAAUGAGCAGAAUGUCGUAAUUAACGAUAAAUUAACUGGUGGUAAUUAUUUGCGGGACACUUGGUGGGUACCAGGCUAUUGGAAACAAAGGGAAAAUGCGUCGACUAAUAACAUCAUUCCUUCAUAAAACGGAAGCGUCCCGGGCGUUAAGUAUAAAGUAGGAAAAGAAUUCUGCCUUAUUAAUUCAUAGGUACGAUUCCGACAAUUUGUUUAGGAAAGCCGUUACUCUGUCAUUAAUGUAGUAAAAGGCUAGUCCUAACGACUGUGACUCAACCCACUUUUUCUUAUUGUGUAUCAAAUCUCUCCAGGAGGACCUCGCAGCCAACGACGUAGAAGAAAUCAUUGACGAUCUGAUUGCUGGAAAAACACCAAAAGCGGGACCCAGGUAUGCCUCUUACAUUUACACCUUUUAUUCAUUAGCUGGCUGGCAUGCCCUCAUUUUCAGUGCAGUACGAGCGGCGAAACGGCGAGAUUCGAACCGAUGAGCGAGACGAGCGAGCGAGAGGUACGAGCGAAAGGUUGACGAGGGGUCUGGGCUUGGACCCUCACGAACCUUCCGCACGCUCACAUCGGUUGGAAAAGCGUGGGCCUCACCGCUAAGAGAGCGCCCCCGCAGGCGAUUGUGCAGGUGAUGUUCUUCACUAUUUUCUUUUCAUUUUCUCUCAUGUGGGCUUGCUUUCUCUUCCAGGAGUGGUCGAUUUUGUUGUGAGCCCGCCGGAGGACUGACGUCAUUAACAGAGCCUCCCAAAGGGCCAGGCUUUGGUGUGCGAUCUGACCUUUAAACCGUUUGCUCACUGAUAAUACUGUUAUUGAACCUUGUAAAAUAGAAAUUAAACUUUGUGUAAUCUUGUUUGAGAUGCGAUAAAUAAAUUUGGUUUUUAACCUGUUUUGAU